AUGUUUCACUUUGACCGACGCAGGCUUUGCUUCAGCAGACCAUCCGUGGGCAUUCUUCUGUUCACGCCUGCCAUCACGAUCCUUGCCGCCAUCGAGACCGCAUGGGCCACAUUCGACAUUAUCAGGGUGCAUGGCACCGCUGGCAGCUUCUACCGCUUCUGCGGGGUCGUGGCUAUCAUCGCGAUGUGGACGCUCGUUAUCGGUGCGCCCGUUGGCUUCAUCGGUGUAGCUAUCCGUAGCCGAAAGAUCUCGUGAGUGAAGGGCUCUGGUAUGUGGUCGUUGGUUGGGCAGGCGCGGAUGGCUGACGAUGGUUUUCUCGUCUCUACAGCACGGCCUGGUGGCACCUAGCGACCUGGCACGCAGUCUUCACCACCGUUGGCGGUAUCAUCAAGACCAUCGCUCUCCUCGCAAAUCGAUCCGGCUGGCUGAAUCUUUGCAACGCUGAGCACCAAUACCUGUUCGAUGGUAUGAUCAGUUGCAAGCGCUAUUGGCGGAUUCGUAUGCUAGGACACGUCAUCGUGUACUUUGGGCUAUCCACGCUCCUGAUCAUGAGCGCCAUGCUGCUCACCGGAUUCGUUGCGGAACUUGCCAAGAGCGACGAAGGUCAUCAAGAAUUCAUCGUGGUAGACAAUAGUCGACGCGGUGACAACAUUGGUCUCACGCGCACCUGCGCUGGUGGCGGUGCUGAUAGUCAUCGUGCACGCUUCGUCGCGCCCCAUCUGCCUCGGCCAGCUCCUCAAAGAGCCGAUUCUGCCCGAUCAGAAGACGCGCCCGUGACUGCGGACCACGUCAUCGAAGGCCUUCCGUCUGGCACCUUCACCGAGAUCCCUCUCUCUGAGAAGAAAAUGGUCGACUCGCCCUCGUCUUCCUUCUCACCGGAUACCAAUCCUUUCGCGGACAAGGCCGCCAAUCAUGAAUGCUUGCCUCCUCCUCCCUUUGAGGCAAUCCACCCUACACAUGCAGUCGUGGCCAAGGAAGCUGCCGCAGCAGAGAAUGCCAAGGUGCAAGUUCCUGAGACGGCACAUCUUCCAGACAGCAAGCUCCAGGGCUAG